AGAGGCUGGAGAGGCCCAUCCAGUCUCUCCUCAUCUCCCCAUUUUACAGAUAAGAAAUUGGAAUCCAGAAAAUAAAAAGACACCCAAAGAAGCAAAGCAAAGUAAUAGCAGAACUAACUCUUGGACACAGAUCCUCCUUACUCCUCCACUCUGCCUUUUUCUCCAUUCUUUACUUCUAUUUCUGGGGACUUCAAGAAUUGGGUUUGAUAAUAAAUGCCAGUCCGUUGAGAAAAUGCCCUUCUUUUGGCCAGCUUCUGACCAAUCCUUGUGACCAAUCAGCCUUACCCUGGAUACUCUGUUUGGCUUCCAUGUGGGGCAAAGCCCUGGGGAUGUGCCAGGGAAUCCAAUCAGAAUUUCCAAUUUGCAGAAUCUAAGGACAGAAACAGAAUGGGGCCAGGAUGUGCCCAUGAGUCAGCUCUGCCUCAGCAUUUGGCCCAUGACACUGGAAUCUGAUAUAGAUCCUCCUUCUUCCUUCCCCCUUCCCGCUCCUCUCUGAGAUGACAGCAAAAGCUACCCUCUUUAACAAGGCAGAGUACUCUAGAACUCAGAACAUACCAGCACCACCUGUUCUUUCACCUGUUCCUUCAUUCCAUAUGAAAGAGCCUGUGGAGCUGCGGGACCUGUGCGCUCUGCAAGGAUUCCCUACCCCCACUCCACCCUGGCAAAGAGGAAAUAGCCAAGUAGGAGACAGGGAACAAAGUCCUAUCACAGAGGGCAAAGACCGUGUCUGCAGCGGCUGGACAGAGAGAAAAGGCCGGAGCCCCAACAGAAGCACCACUCAGAGCUGGUCUGCCAUGGACACCCUGGCCCAUCUCCUACAGCUGCUGGUGCUGCUUCUGACCCUGCCCCUGCACCUGAUGGCUCUACUGGGCUGCUGGCAGCCCCUGUGCAAAACUUACUUCCCCUACCUGAUGGCCAUGCUGACUGCAAAGAGCAACCGCAAGAUGGAAAGCAAGAAACGGGAGCUCUUUGGCCAGAUAGAGGGGCUUAUGGGAGACUCCAGGAUGGUGGCGCUGCUGGAUCUGGGCUGUGGCACUGGUGCCAACUUCCAGUUCUACCCACCUGGCUGCAGGAUCACCUGCCUGGACCCAAACCCCCACUUUGAGAAGUUCCUGACCAAGAGCAUGGCUGAGAACAGGCAUCUCCAAUAUGAACGGUUCGUGGUGGCUCCAGGAGAGGACAUGAAACAACUAGCUGAUGGCUCCAUGGAUGUGGUGGUUGGCACCCUGGUGCUGUGCUCUGUUCAGAGCCCCAGGAGGGUCCUGCAGGAGGUCCAGAGAGUGCUGAGGCCGGGAGGCGUAUUCUUUUUCUGGGAGCACGUGGCUGAGCCACGUGGAAGCUGGGCCUUCCUGUGGCAGCAGGUUCUAGAGCCCACCUGGAAACACAUUGGAGAUGGCUGCUGCCUCACCAGAGAGACCUGGAAAGACCUUGAGAAUGCCCAGUUCUCUGAACUGCAAAUGGAGCGACAACCCCCUACCUUCAACUGGUUGCCUACUGGACCCCACAUCAUGGGAAAGGCCGUGAAAUAACCCUUCCCCGAGUUCUGCCUCCAGUCAGAACAGUCCCACCUUCCAGCAAGUCUGUCUUCCACUGAUAGGGAUCUAGGCCGAGAGAAGCCGUUCCCCCACCACUUCCUUUCCCCGCCUCUGCCAGGGUAACCUCUAACCUCAAGACUUCCUUCCACAGUGAAGAAGCUCUAUUCCUUUCCUGACCACAGGGAGGAAACAGUUAUGCCCCGUCAUAUCCUUACUGCCAGUUCCUGGACUGGGUCUCCCAGUUUUUGCCCACCGACCCCUGGGAUAGCUCCCCGUCCCUUUCCCUUGUUCCUAUGGUACUGUCCCUCCCCCCUUUCGGAGGGCACACAAAAGUCAGAUACAUGCAUUGCUGCCAGACCUCCCAAUCCUCCCUCCCACUACCACUUUUGUCCUGAGAGGUGGGGAUACAGAGAGAAUCAGGCGUUUCCUGGAGACCUCGGGCACGAGGAAGCAGGACUCAGCAAAGAGGCCAGAGGUUUGUCCUCAAAUAUUAUUUUAAUAAAUAGACAAAAUCCA